AUUGGGGCGCCGGCGCCUGCUAUUGAUUCUGUUGAAUAUCGUGAUUUCAAAAGUUACCAUCGUAGUAGAGGGUGCCACAGUAGCUCACUGCUCCUCGAACCAUAAGGAGGCCCUCGCGCUUUUCUUUAUUUCACCCCAACAGGAUGGAGUCCAUAGGCGCGCGUGGUAUUUUUGUUUGAUCUUUCGAAGAAAAGAAAAUCGUGGUCGCACAAUAAACAGAAAGAAUGGCGAACACGGCCCACCUCGUCCGGCGGCAAAGUUCGCGCGACUUGAAGCCCCAAAAAAGCGUCGACAAACUCGAAAUGAAGGAAAUGAGAGGAAGAUUAGUGGUGGACAAUAGAAAGACUAACACCACUGCCAAUUACGGGGCCACGAACGCAGCCUUUGAGGACUCCAGUCCUAACACGAAGAACAACAAAACGGGGAAUGAGGGCGGGGGUAGCAAGCUUGGAAGUAAUGAAGGAAAACCGAUUUUCCGACCAGAAGCGGGGGAAGAUGAAAGAGAAAACUGGGAUAGUAAGCUUACGUUUCUAUUAGCAACCGUGGGGUACGCAGUAGGGCUUGGGAACGUAUGGAGAUUUCCAUAUCUCGCGCAAAAAAAUGGUGGAGGUGCAUUCUUAAUCCCUUACUUUGUAAUGCUGGCCAUCGAGGGUAUCCCUAUAUUUUAUCUGGAAUUGGCAAUUGGCCAGAGAUUACGAAAGGGUGCUAUCGGUGUAUGGAAUCAGGUUUCUCCAUAUAUGGCUGGUAUCGGCGUAAGCAGUGCUGUAGUAUCUUUCAACGUAGCUCUGUAUUACAAUACUAUUAUCGCCUGGUGCCUCUUUUACUUCGUUCAAAGUUUUCAAUCACAGCUACCAUGGGCAGAGUGUCCUAACGUAUAUUUCCAAAACGGAUCAUAUGCGCCUGAACCAGAGUGUGUGGUUAGCAGUCCCACACAGUACUUCUGGUAUCGAACGACAUUGGCAAUCUCCGAAGAUAUCAAUACCCCAGAAAUAUUUAAUUGGAAAAUUGCUCUGGCAUUGGUGAUCGCUUGGAUUCUCGUCUAUAUGUGCAUGAUCAAGGGAAUCGCGUCUUCAGGGAAGGUCGUGUACGUGACCGCCACAUUUCCAUAUAUCGUUUUGAUCAUAUUCUUCUUCCGUGGCGUCACUUUGACGGGGAUGUCCGAUGGUCUACGUCAUCUUUUCACUCCAAAGUGGUGGAAAUUAACUGACCCGGUAGUAUGGCUAGAAGCGGGCACUCAGAUAUUCUUUUCCCUCGGUUUGGCAUUUGGUGGUUUAAUAGCGUUCUCUUCUUACAAUCCCGUGAAUAACAAUUGCUAUCGAGACGCUAUCAUGGUCAGUUUGACGAAUUGUUUCACUUCGAUGUUUGCCGGGAUUGUUGUAUUUUCUAUUAUUGGUUUCAAAGCGACUAUGGUUUAUGAACAUUGUUUAGUGGAAAGGAACACGACGCUCAUGAAUAUUUUUGGUCAGAUAGAUAAAAUACCGGAUGAAAUACCAGCAACCGGUACACUUUUGAAUAUUACUACAGGGAAUGGAACGCUGGAUAAUUUAAUCAUGCCAGAAUUACCCGAAUGUGAUCUCGAGAAAGAGUUGGAUAAUUCAGCAUCUGGCACAGGUUUAGCGUUUAUCAUCUUCACAGAAGCGAUUAACCAAUUUCCUGGAGCACAAUUCUGGUCCAUAUUAUUCUUCCUUAUGUUAUUCACAUUGGGAAUCGACUCUCAAUUCGGCACUCUCGAGGGAGUCGUUACAAGUAUCGUGGACAUGAAAUUGUUUCCAAAUUUGCGAAAAGAAAUUCUCACAGGAGGUAUUUGUUUGGUUUGCUGCGCGAUUUCAAUGGCCUUUGCUCACGGUGCUGGUAGCUACGUGUUCGUAUUAUUCGAUAAUUUCAGUGGAAACUUUCCUCUGUUGAUUAUCGCCUUCUUUGAAUGUAUCGCGGUGUCAUAUGUAUAUGGUUUGAAAAGAUUCGCCGAUGAUAUCGAGCUAAUGACUGGCAACCGUCCAGGCCUUUAUUGGCUAAUUUGUUGGAAAUAUCUCAGUCCGUUAGCUAUGUUGAGCAUUUUAGUUGCCUCGAUCGUGGAAAUCAUUGUCGAUGGAAGUGGUUAUCCAGCCUGGGUUGCCAGCAAAGGUAUUACGGAGAAACACGAGUGGCCGGUUUGGGCCUUGGUUCUCAUCGGUAUCCUCAUUCUCGCUUCUGUUCUUUGGAUUCCCACAGUUGCUAUUUGCAGACUUUUCGGAAUACUCAUAAUCGAGGAUAACGAGAAGGCGUGGUUCCCCGCAGCCGAUCUGAAAGAAUUUCACGGAAUCGUACCACACGAAGUUACACCUGCUGAAACUUUGUUAUUCUGUAUAAGAAGCGAUGGCUCAGAGGGUCUUUGUUGCCCAACUGGUGGCCCCAGCGAUGACGACGAGGAUCUCACCUAGGAAUGGUUAUCCUCGUAUAUGUUGGAUUAACACGUGUUUAAAUGGUUCAUAGACAGAGAAACAGCAUUUUUUAACUUCAUAUCGAGGUUUGCAUCGUUGGAAAUUAAUUUAAGCGUAACCAGGUGUUAUGAUUACCAUUUUUCGUCUCAAUUUAAAUUUAACACUUGACAUCAUUUAAUUUAAUUUCGAGAAUAUGUAGAAGGGUACAUCGUGUCAAUUAAUCUGGAAAUGACGUUUAUAUAAUUCGAUUUACAUUUACAUUGCGGUGUUAUGAUGAACUUCUUUUAGAAGAUAUAUUAUAAAACACGUUUGAAUAAGGGAGAAAUUCGAAAGUACGAAUUUAAUAUGACGAUUAAAGCGCAAUUAAUUGCUCUUCGUUUUUAGACGUGUCUUUCCGCUGAUUCUCGAGUCUCUGAAUCAUUUAGCGGUACGUGCGAAUGUCAAUAUUAAUUGAGAAGGUAAAGUAGAAGCGUUUAACAUUUUCAAUAAGUAAUUUCCAAUAUGUGGAAGCGAAUACAAAGCGGAUAAGGAUAAACAUUAAUAAGAAACUGCAAGUUUUGUUUUUAAUAUAAACUUACAGUUUCUCUGAUGAUGCAGAUAUACGAUACAUCUAUCGAUACGAUAUACUAUCAUUAGAUCUAUUAAAUUCCAUUAUUUAAUUCGAUUAUUAUAUUCGAUAUAUCAAAAACUUGUAAGAGAUAAAAUUUUGUUUUUUACACAUUGCGCGAUAAUGAAAAAAAAAAAGGGAAAAAGAAAAUAUAUCUAUUCAUAGUAUAUACAGCGAAUAAGAAAUCGUUUUAAAUUAAAUAUAACAAAGUAUUUCAAUCGUCUUCUAGAAAGAAAGAAAGAAAGAAAGAAAGAUCGAACAGUUAUCAAAAUAGUAGGAAUUCUAUCGAAUAAAAUUUCAUAAAUUAAACCAUAUGUUUCGCGAUAAUUUAAGAGAUAUAUCGUAUAUCCGGACUAUUUAGCAAUGUAACGCGUCAUUUUAGCAUUUACAAUAUACAUUCUUAAAAGACAAGUUGAAUCUCUGCGACAGGUUGCAGAUUAUAAUAUAACUAGGAUAAUAUUAAAAUUAGACUCGAGAGAACUUUUACCGCUUAGCAAAUUUUAAAUAAUGUGAGACCUAAGAUUAGAGUAGGAACCGUCCAAUGGGCGUAAAAAAGGGGACGUUCCCGAAUCGUAUUGCUUUUAUUCUCGUUUUUGGUGAAGGUAUUAAACAGCGCUACUUCGCUGAUUGAUUCUCCGUUAAGCUCUUACCAUUGCGUACUAAUAUUACAUGAAAGUUAUAUUACGAAGGUAACAUCUAUAUUUCAUUGCAAAAUUUACGACGAAAGUUCGAAAGAAAGAGAAAAAGCAAUCAGAUCAAGGAUUAUAUCAAGAAAAAACCUUUCCCAAGGUGUGAUCAAGUGUGCUGCAUUCGAAUAAUUAAUAUUCCAUCGUAGCCUUCUUAAACGAAUAUCAGUUACUUUAACGGUAUCUCUACAUACAUAUCUUACGUCUCGAAUUUAUAAACUUUGUUUCUAAGUAUAGCCGAGAAAAGAGAACGAGAAUUCGAAGGGCAAGUGAGAAUUGAUCAGCAUGUUUGUUUGGUAUAUCGCGUUGAAAGUACCCCGAUAGGAAUAAAAAAGAGAAAAAAAGAGGAUCGCAUAUCAAAACGACGUAUCAGGCGAGAGAAAAUUUCGUUGCGAUUAUAGCGUAUGUUCGUCGAUCUUGUCGGCGAACGUUCUAACGUAUGACAAUAAGAAAAUCUUUUAAGACUUGAUAUUGACGAGGAAUCGUACGACAAUAAUGAGAUUCGAUUAAUCGGAACUUUUAAUCGAUUAAAAAAUUCGAUAAUAAGAUAAACGUAUGCACUGCACUUCUUGCACAUUCACCGAGGCCUAUGAAAUCGAGAGCUACUGCAUCGGUCGAAGGAAUAGAGAAUUUCGUUUUCAUAUAUUUUCUUAACGUACUAUAUACGAUGUAUUUUAUAUAUGUUACGGUAUCGUUUACGUUAUUCCAAUCGUCUUUGUAACAUGCAAAUGAGAUAGCAUACUUUUUAGAUCAAUUUUACACUUUAAAGGAUCUCUUUAAGGCAAAAACUAAAAACGAUGCAAAUCUAUCGUAAACAUUAAAAUCCAGAAAUAUUUCCGAAAUUGGUAUUUUACGAAAAAGAUAAACGAAUCCAUUCCUUCGAUAAGAAAAUCGUUUAUUAACAGAGACUAGAGCAGUAGCGAGAUACGCUCUAAUCGCGUCUAUUUGUACUUCGAAUCUCUCUAUUUUGUAUGCGCGCUUUUGGGUAUGGUCUUAACUCUUUUUGACAAAUUGUUGAUCACGAACUGUCACAUGUUUCACUAUCAUUCUAACGAAACAGCUUGAAACAGAAGAAAUUCAUUGUAGAAAUCGCGCACAGUAUCGGAAAUAGGUUUGCCAUCAUCGGUAAAGAGAAGAAACUCGAACCUUUAUAUUCGAUAAACUAAUAACCACAUAUACUUUUGAUUUCGAGUUAUUAACAUUCGCAUAGGUCGUUUUUCUCUUGUUUCCUCAGAAAGGUGCUAAACUAUGAUAAUAUAAGAGAAUUUAAUACAAAAUGAUAUAUAUAAACAAAAUCGUUGAUAAUAUUAUAUUAUACUUGUUAAGGUCCUGUUACCGACUUAAUAACAGUCCCGAGGAUUAAUUAUGUUGCUCCUGAAUCGAUUAGUGAUUUACUUGUAUUCGUAUAUUAUAUUAUUAUUAUUCGUAUGGAAUAGUUCGAUUGUAAAUAAUUGUUGAAGUGUCUUUUAAACUCUAAAUGGACAAUAACUUGCGGGACAAGGAGCUGCCGCGUGAAACAUGAUGAAUCGCCCCUGCAAUGAAUAGUACAAAUGUUUCUUUCACUAUCAUGUGUUUCGUAUGCAUUGCCUCGAACUAUGAAACAUAUAAAUCUCAGACAAUAAUUCACGCGAAUUAAUUUUAUUUCUUCGUAUCGUUAUUCAAGAUCUUGAGCCUGAAAGGGCUGCGUUGGUGUAUGCAGUGCGCUAACAUCGUUUAAUUGUUAAUCCGUAAUUGUUAAUAUCUUCGCAAAUUAUUUGUAAAUACGAAGUGUUACUACCUAUCGAUCUCGAUAAUAAAAGAAACUUAAGUAAAUAACGCAAAUACGAAAUGCAGUAAGUAUCAUUUGCCUGAGCAAAACAAUACGUAAUUAGUAGACAAUAAUUAAAAGAUAAGAAUUUAAAGGAAGAAAAAAUAAAAUAAAAUUUAUUUAGCGCACUUUGUACACUUAUACGCCGAUUUGAGUAGUUUAAAAUCCAUUUAUGGCAUUCAAGGAUAAGUGAAGAACGUUGUUUCAUGUCGAUGUUCGUGGAGUGCACGAAAAGGGUCAAUGAAAUGUAUCAAUAAUAAUUAUGAACUAUUAUGUGCUUAAUCAAGGAUAACAAAAUGGAUUAUUAAUCCUAAUAUCUUAAUUUUAGAUAAUUUCGUUUGUCGUUCUCCUACAUAUCUCAUUGUGUUUUCAAAGUGUAUAACAAGGAAGUCGUGUCCAUCCAUACUUAAAAUACAAUUUAAGCGUGAAAGAAAGGUUGAUAUAUCGGUCGAAGAGACACGAGCGUAAGCUGUGAAGUCAGAUUUCGAGGAUGAUUCGUAUUAUAUUAAAGUUUUAAUGAUACAUCGUAUCAAGUAACCAAUGUCGAUGUAGCUUGCGCAAUAAUAAAUAAGAUAUAAAGAUCAGGUACGGACGGUAGCUAAUGUUAUAAUUAUAUAUAAAGAAUAAUGAGUAUAUACACACUGAUAUUACGCAUACAUAAAACUGUACAUAUAUAUAUUGUUGUCAGUUGAAUGUUAAAAUAAAUACCGGGCGUAAAUGUGGAUUUCUUAUUA